CGUACGCAAAUCUGCUGCGACAGUUUGAUUGGCCUGACAUGAAAGGGACUGCUGAAAUAUUUGUGGUUGAGUGUCAAGUUUGUCAACGAAUCAAACCAUGCAGACAAAAGCCCAUGGGCAACUCACACCCCUUCCCAUUCCCGAUGGUCCCAGGGAGUCCGUCUCCGUUGAUUUCACCGACAUGGGAAAGGUAAGUAAGAACGGCUACUCACAAGUCAUGGUGAUUGUUGACCAAUUCUCCAAGUUUCUCAAUCAGGUCCCUUUGCCGCUGCACGCCCCAACAGAAUUAGUGAUUCGUGAGUUCCAACAAAAGUACAUUCUGCAGUUCGGGACCCCGAAGACUCUCGUAAGCGAUCGGGACCCGCGCUUCAUUAGUACUGAAUGGAAGGACUUCACGUCUCAUCUGGGGAUCAGGUUGUGUAUGUCAUCUGGCCGACACCCUGAAGCCAACGGUUUGGCUGAAGAAAUCAACCAGACUGUGUUCCAACUUCUCCGCGCUUUGAUUAUCCCGGAUCAGGAAACAUGGGAUGAAGAGUUGUAUUCCGUCAGGAGGUUGUACAACGACUCCAUCCAUUCUGCCACCGGCAUGGCACCUAACAGGCCGCAUCUCGGUUGGCAGAUCUGUAAUUUGCUCUCCUACCUAUUCCCUGAGCAGCCAGCUCGCUUAACACCCGGCAGGCCUGGCUUCAGGGCCAAGUAUGAUCGCUUGCUCAAGGUUUCCAUUGCAGCGAUGACCAAGCGACAACAUGCCAUGAUCCAUCAGGCGAACGAGGGGCGCCAACCGUCGGACAUUCAGGAAGGAAGCUAUGUCUGGGUCAAGAUGUUUGAAUUCUCAGAAGAAGAAGGGGUCUCUCGCAAACUUCUCCCACUCUAUUAUGGACAGUGGGAAGUUUUGGAUGUGAUUGGUGAAGACCACUUUGGCCCUUCGUACGUAGUUGAUGUGCCAGCCCAUCUGCGCACAUACCCCGUGUUCCAUGCAUCCAAACUGUACCUCCGCCGUGAUGCUAAGACAUUCGAUUAUCGCGAGGAUAUGAUCCCUCUCGCGAUCAAAGGCGGGCAUGAGAUAGACCGAAUUAAACAGCACGUAGGGAAGGGACGCAACAGACAGUACCAGUUAGUGCCAGAAUGGAAGGGGGCGUACUGCGAGUACAAAGCACUAAAGAAGACACUGAAGCAGAUCACUAUCGCUACGGAUCCUCUACCAAGGUUCCCGAGGGAAAAGCGGCUUGAUUCAGUAAUUCAGCCCCUUCUGUUUCUCCUUGAGCCCCAUGUGAGGAGGUCAACGACCCAAGAGGCUUUUGAGGGCAUCAAGGUGCAUUGUGAGGCGACUGGCAAUGAUUGCGAGGCAAGAUUUGUGACAGAACUCCUGCCUAAUAUGCUGGAGAAAAGGGAAGAAGAAUUAGCCUUCUUUCAGCACCUGGAUGAACAGUUAAACAAGGUGAAUGAUUUCUAUAAGAGGAAAGAAGCUGAGUUUCUGGAACAUGCCAAGCUGCUGCAGACACAGAUGCAAGCACUCGUCAAGUUGAAGAAAUCCAUGAGAACCAACACGGACUACGGAGAUAGCCCGGAAGAGGAUGAUGAUGAUGAUGACCAUGCUUCCGCUACUCAGGUGUACGAGCACGGUGGUACCGCACAUCGUACGAGAGAUCAAACUUAUUGUGACCCUCAAGUUCUCUUACCUCCAGAGACGGAAGAUCAGGAGGUGAGUGGUGGUGAUCGUCAAGGGGCUUCUACUUCUGCCACUGUGGCUGAAUCUAAUGCCAGACGAGAAACAGAAGAAGACAGAAAAGGGAGGCAAAAGAAUGGCAAUGACGAUGGCAGCACAGGUGCAAGGAAAGGGGUUCACAACAUAAAUGGGAGUGAGGGGAGGCCGGUGGAGAAGGAGCAGGAAGAGAAGGAAGGAGCAAGGGAUAAAAGAGUUCAACUUGAAGGGAGAGGUAAGGGCUCGGCAGAAGGGGGUGGUGGAGCUGCUGCUAUGCUUGAGGAAUUGGAUGAAGUUGGCUCCUCGAUCUUGCAUGUUCUCCCUCCGAAUUCACCACCGCCACUCUCUGAGGUUACCGUAUCUGAUGCCAGUGAGAGCGACAUGGACCGCAUUUCCGUUGGAGACAAAGGAGGUGGGGUUGGUCCAAGCAGCAUGCGGAAGCAGAGAAGGAAAUCUUCUGGGUUGUUCUCCUUGCCAGGAGAACCUGAAGAGCCACGCAGCCUUGCCACACGUACCAAGGGAGAUGCUUCUCAAGCAGCAAGUUUUGUCAAGCCAGCUGCUGAGGCCCCUUCCACAGUUCGGCCAAGGGGUGUGGUGGGUAUUCCUACGUUGCAGACGGAGAUGGGGAGUAGCAGCUCUGGUAGAGGUACUCAGCAACAGGAGGACAGCAUGAGUGAGGAGAUAACAGUGGUAACAAAUGCAUCAGGGCAACGGAUUGCAAAGGCAACAGGCAAGACAAACAUGAGUUAUUCGGAGGGUGAAGGCCAUCAUCCGCCUGGAGAACCGCUGCCAAAAGGCCCCCCUUUAAGGACUGGACGAGGGGCUGGAUGGGCAGAACCAGACGACAAAGUGAGAAAAAGGACAGGGUCCAAAUUGCCCCCUCUGAACAAUGCUUUGAGUAGCGGGUCUGGUGCAUCAGCAAGGGAGAGGGACACAACUACCAGCCCACCGGGCAGCCAAAAGCAUACAUCAUGGGGGUCUUCAGCUUCUGCAGUAGCUGCUGCUAGCUCAGGAGAGUCAACGUCAACAGAGUUUUCUGCGACAAUAGCAAACACUACUGCUGCCAUGGGUUCAGAUCGCACAGAGAUGCGUCAAGUGAGAGGGGAUGGUCGUAGUGUACAAGUGGCAUCAGGCCAUGGUACUUACCAUACAGGGAAAGGUGUUCUAGCGAAUGAGCUGCAAGGGAGAGGAGGGGAAGUCGUAGAGAACGGGGACCAAAGGGUAGGGGGAGGAGAAUCCGAAAUGAGAGGAGGUGGCGAAUUUGGUGAGAGACAGGGAGUAACUAGCCUCUCUGAGGGGAGUGUGCCUCCAUCUGUGACCUGCAGACGUCCAAGGGCAUUCCAAGGCCAAGGUCGUGUAGGCAUUGCGAGUCCGUUUCGAGUAUUGUCUCGUUUGAUCAACCCACUGGAGAUAGCACCAUUCUUCACAGUUUACGACAACCCUCGACGGAUCCGACAUGCGGAGAAGGUGAUAGGAGCAGCUUUGGUGGAGUUCUACAGAGGGAUGUGUUUGUUGAAGAGCUUCAGUUCAUUAAACAUGGCCGCAUUCGGAAAGAUCCUUAAGAAGCAUGACAAACUCGCCGGCUGGAAGGCAUCACGUACCUAUCUGAGUGCCAUUGAACAGUCCGCGCAUUUCACAACUUCGACCAAGGUCACGAAAAUGAUAGCCAAUGUGGAGAACGCCUACACAAAACACUUUGCAAAAGAUGACCAUAGAAGGGCAAUGAAAGAUCUUAGACCGAUCUCGCAAUCGGCAUCGCAUAUUGUCACAUUCUUCCUGGGGUUUUUUUGUGGGUGCAUUGUGGCCCUCCUGGCGUCCUUCCGAGUCAUGAUGUAUGCUGUGGGAGAGAAAGAUAGUGUAGGAGGGAGCAGUUACAUGGAAUCUGUGUUUCCAGUCUUCAGCGUCCUGAUUCUCAUCCAACUGCAGGUCUUCUUCUACGGCGUCUGUGUUUACUUAUGGUACACAGUUCGUAUCAACUAUGCUUUCAUCUUCGACUUCACCCCAGGGACGGAGUUGGGAUUCCGAGAGGUGUUCAUGAUCGCAACUGGUAUGUCUGUCAUCAUGCUGGCUGGUCUCAUAGGCCAUCUUGCGGCCUAUGCGCACAAGUCUUCCCACAGCUCUGCCGGAGAAUUCAUUCCAGCGGCAAUCAUUUUGCUGUUCAUGGCCAUUCUGGUGAUGCCAUUCAAUCUCUUCUGGCGUUCAAGUCGUAUGUUUCUGUUGAGGACUCUGCACCAUGUGAUUUGUGCACCAUUCUACAAGGUUGUGUUGGCUGACUUCUUCCUGGGGGAUCAGCUUACGAGUCUGAUACCGUUGUUGUGGGAUAUCGAAUAUGUCUUCUGCUACUACAUUGGUGGAUACUUCACAACCCGGGACCACAAGACUUGUCUGAACAGCAUCCACUUCCGAAGAGUAGGCUUUGUGCUGGCAUUCUUGCCCUUCUGGUGCCGCAUGAUGCAGUGUGUGCGAAGAUGGCAGGACGAGAAGCAGAGUGUACAUAUCCAAAACUGCCUCAAGUACGUGUGUGCAGGUUUGGCGGUAGGCACAAGGCUCCUGUACUUGGAGACAAGGUCAACCGCAAGCUUCGUCCUCGGCCUUUUCUUCGCUGCAUUGGCCACUGCAUAUGGGAGCUAUUGGGACUUGUUCCGGGACUGGGGGUUGUUGCAGAGGGGCUCAAAGAACUUCCCUCUCAGGGACCAGUUGAUUUGGAAGAGGAAAUGGGUGUACUUCGUUUCUAUGGCCGUCAACCUCAUCCUUCGCUUGGCUUGGAUUCAAUCCAUUCUGCGACUGCCAAUCUGGCAUCUGCAUGAAAAUGUCACCAAUCUGCUGUUUGCUGGGCUGGAGAUCUGUAGAAGAGGUCAUUGGAACUUCUACAGGCUGGAAAACGAGCACAUUAACAAUGUGGGUCAAUACCGAGCCGUCAAAGACAUACCCCUCCCUUUCGUUUACUCUGAAAUGAGCCCCUAAUCAAGCAAACGUAAACGGUGGAACUCUGUACACGUGGAAGUUCAUUACAACAUACAAUCAAUAAAUCAGCCAUUCGUUA